AAGUAGCCCUGUCAUGUGGAUUAUGGGAGACAGGAUUACUUAAUCUGUGACGCAGCAGAAUAACGGACGGUGCGCAAUCUGCGUGGCAGGCAGUCUCGUGGGAAGAAACCCUGGCAAGCAUGUUCCGUUUGCCUGUUGCGAGCCGAAACCUCUUCCCCGCAGCCAUCGCUAAAGGAGGCGCGGCUGCAGCGCACAAUGCUCGCCUUGCAUCUGCAGCAGCGGCGGCGGCGGCCCCCAACCUCCUGGAAGUCUUUGUGGAUGGGAAGCCAGUUAUGGUGGAGCCGGGAACCACCGUGUUGCAGGCAUGUGAGAAGGCGGGGAUGCAGAUUCCUCGCUUCUGCUACCAUGAGCGUCUGUCAGUGGCUGGAAAUUGCCGCAUGUGUCUUGUGGAGAUAGAGAAAGUUCCCAAGCCAGUGGCAGCUUGUGCUAUGCCUGUCAUGAAAGGCUGGAACAUUUUAACUGAUUCAGAGAAAACAAGGAAGGCAAGAGAGGGUGUGAUGGAGUUCUUACUGGCUAACCACCCAUUGGACUGUCCCAUUUGUGAUCAAGGGGGUGAAUGUGAUCUACAGGACCAGUCCAUGCAGUUUGGAAGUGACAGGAGCCGCUUCACGGAGGGCAAGCGAGCUGUGGAAGAUAAAAACAUCGGCCCUCUCAUAAAAACUAUCAUGACUCGCUGUAUCCAGUGCACCCGCUGUGUGCGCUUUGCCAGUGAGAUUGCAGGUGUGGAAGACCUGGGCACCACCGGCAGAGGCAACGACCUGCAGAUCGGGACUUACGUGGAGAAGAUGUUCAUGUCGGAGUUAUCUGGGAACGUCAUUGACAUCUGCCCAGUCGGGGCCCUGACCUCCAAACCAUACGCUUUCACUGCUCGGCCUUGGGAGACCAGGAAGACUGAAUCCAUCGACGUUCUGGAUGCUGUAGGUAGUAACAUCGUCGUGAGCACUCGUGGUGGCGAGGUGAUGAGAAUCCUGCCGCGUCUCAAUGAGGAUGUUAAUGAAGAGUGGAUCUCAGACAAGACCAGGUUUGCUUAUGAUGGACUUAAGAGACAGAGGCUUACUCAGCCAAUGGUGAAAAAUGAGGAUGGGCAGCUGGUUCCCACCACCUGGGAAGAUGUUCUGACUCGAGUUGCUGGUGCACUCCAAGGAGUCAAGGGCAAUGACGUUGCUGCUGUUGUUGGAGGUUUGGUGGACGCAGAGGCUUUAAUCUCUCUCAAAGACUUACUGAACCAUUUGAAUAGUGAGAAUCUGUGCACUGAGGAGAUGUUUCCCACAUCUGGAGCUGGAUCCGACCUGCGUUCAAACUACCUCCUCAACACUGGGAUUGCAGGCGUUGAAGAAGCUGACCUGCUGCUUCUGAUUGGCACCAACCCACGAUAUGAGGCUCCUUUGUUUAAUGCACGGAUUAGAAAAGGCUGGCUGCACAAUGAGUUGCAGGUGGCUCUAGUGGGGAAGGAAGUGGACCUCAGUUACACUUACGACCAUCUUGGAGAGUCUGCUAAGGUUCUUCAAGACAUCGCUUCAGGAACUCACCCUUUCUCCCAGGUACUGGCUCAAGCCAAGCGUCCUGUUGUUGUGGUUGGCAGCAGCUGCCUGCAGAGAGAUGAUGGGGCAGCGAUAAUGGCCGCCGUGUCAACCAUUGCUCAGAAAGCUCGCGUCAGCAGCGGAGUGGAGGAAACCUGGAAGGUUCUCAACGUGCUUCACAGGGUCGCCAGUCAAGUGGCUGCACUCGAUCUUGGCUACAAGCCAGGAGUGGAGACUAUCAGGAAGAAUCCGCCCAAAGUUCUGUUCCUACUCGGAGCUGAUGCUGGCUGUAUUGCACGCCAAGACCUGCCGAAGGAUAGCUUGAUAAUCUAUCAGGGUCACCAUGGAGAUGUGGGAGCACCAAUGGCUGAUAUCAUCCUGCCUGGAGCGGCAUAUACUGAGAAAUGUGGCACCUAUGUGAACACUGAGGGCCGAACCCAACAGACCAAGGUGGCUGUGACUCCUCCAGGCAUGGCCAGGGAGGACUGGAGGAUCAUCAGAGCCGUUUCUGAGCUUGCUGGAGUGGCUUUGCCAUACAAUACUCUUGAUGAAGUGCGCGACAGGCUGGCGGAAGUUUCUCCAAACCUGGUGCGAUAUGAUGACCGUGAGGAGGCCAACUACUUCCAGCAGGCUAAUGAACUGUCUAAGGCAGUGAAGCAGGCUGUCCUAAAUGAACCUUUAGUCCCUCCACAGCUCACUGUGAAGGACUUUUAUAUGACAGAUCCGAUAAGCAGAGCGUCCCAGACCAUGGCCAAAUGUGUGAAAGCUGUCACAGAAGGAGCUCAAGCUGUGGACGAGCCAGCCAUAUGUUAAAGCACUACAUGGAGUUAUUCCAAGAAGAUACGCACAACUAUUGUAUUUGCACAUUCCUAGAAAAAUGUUGAUUUGCACCUGUGUUUUACUGUAGUGUCUGCUUGAACUGAUGGUAGAUACCUUACCCUCUAUGCACACAUACCUGCAGAAAAGUGUUCUUUCAGUGUAAAGAUGCCAGCGUAGAUUUUGCCAGAUCCCCAGAUGCACUCCUGGCAAUCCUCCUGACAUUUCAGUAGAUGUGACCAAAGAUUCAAGGUUGAAUUACAUCUUCCUUUAAAAUUACCAGCAAAAAAAAAAAAAAAAAAAAAAAAAAAAAAAGA